AUGCCUCCAUCGGCGGAGGCAUCGCCGCCUUCAACGGUUCAAGUCCUUCCUCUCCCGCCUUUCAAGCCCGAUCUCUACGAACGCGCCUGGUGCUCGGUGCCGCACCCAACAUUGCCACUUCUCGCGACUGCACACUCCAAGUCAGUAACGGUGUACUCGUUAUCCUCUCUCUCCUCUCAUAGCACUCUGUCCGGCGGCCACACCCGGUCCGUUCGCUCUGUCGCUUGGAAACCCAACCUUCCCCCUCACCAGCUCUGCCUUGUCACCGGCAGUUUUGAUUCGACCGCUGGCCUGUGGCGCUGGGAUGGCGAGCUGCCGUUCUCCGGUAAUGAUUUGGCCACAGAGUCCCUCGAAACCGACCUCAGUGCCCCAAAACGCCCGAAUGGGGAUGGAGAUAGCGACAGUGAAAAAGACUGGGAGUUCACACUGGUGCUAGAAGGUCACGAUUCAGAAAUCAAAGGCGUUUCUUUCGCACCUUCUGGCGCAUACCUUGCCACCUGCAGCAGGGACCAGACAGUAUGGAUAUGGGAGGACGUGGGCGUUUCGGAGGGUGACGACGAGUGGGAGACUGUCGCGGUGUUGAACGAACACAACGGCGACAUGAAAGGGAUCGCGUGGUGCCCUGACGUCCCUGGGCGGAACUCACGAAGGAGAUACAGUGCUGAUGUCCUUGCAAGUGCCAGCUACGACAAUACAGUUCGUAUAUGGCGAGAAGAUGGUGACGGUGAGUGGGUUUGUGUAGCGGUGUUGGAAGGCCAUGACGGUACGGUCUGGGGAGUGCAAUGGGAGCAGAAGCCGAGGGCGGACAAUGGGUUCCCAAGGUUGAUGACGUACUCAGCUGACCAAACAAUACGGAUAUGGAGUUUGCAGGAGGAGGACGAUGGGGAGGAUAGUGCCGGUGCUGGGGCAGGCCUACGGUCGGGGCUUGGUGGCAUUCCCAAUACUAUGAGAAGGUCGCUUCGGGAGGAGUGGGUAUGCACCGCCAUUCUACCCAAAGUUCAUACGCGGGACAUCUAUUCUGUGACGUGGAGUGCGGCCACGGGGCUAUUGGCUAGCACUGGUAGUGACGGUGUGGUUGCUGUUUACAGCGAAAAUGAGGACGCGGCAGUCAAUGAUACCACGCUGAGCAGCACAGAAAAUGGUGCUGCGGGCGCAGAGGAGAAGGCCGCUGCAGUAACGGACGGAGACACCAAGAAAGCAACCAUCGAUCUGCCGGUGGACUCGACCAAGUGGCGCGUGGAAGCAACUGUCCCGAACGCUCAUGGCCCGUAUGAGAUCAACCAUAUUACCUGGUGCAAGAGAUAUGAUGCAGGGUCAAAGAGCAAAGGGGUAGAGGAGAUGCUGGUCACGACGGGCGACGAAGGACUAGUUCGGCCAUGGCAGGUUAUUGCAUCGACAUAA